CCAAACACAAACUUCAUUGCAUUCCCACAAGGUUAGACCCCAUCUCUCCGUUCUUACAUGAUCCGACACUGCUUAAUCCAUAAACUGUAAAACUCUAUUUCUCUCUCUCUCUUUUUUUUUUCCUAUUUUCUUCUAAUUAUUUCGUACCAACCAACAAAAACACCGUUCGCUUCUCUUUUCUACUCUCUUCGGGAAAUCGCCGGAAAAUGGGGUUUGUGGUUGGUCUGGUAAUCGGCAUCUUUGUCGGGAUUGCCAUUAUAGUACUGUUUGUUCGCUCGGAGAACUCCCGAUCCAAGCGCCGAAAUGAGCUCGCAAGGACUAUAGCUGCUUUUGCAAGGAUGACAGUAGAAGAUUCUAGAAAGAUCUUGCCGGGCGACUUCUAUCCUUCUUGGGUCGUCUUUUCCCAGCGCCAGAAGUUGACUUGGCUCAAUCAACAUCUUGAGAAGAUCUGGCCCUAUGUUAGUGAGGCUGCAUCUGAACUGAUAAAGGCUUCGGUGGAGCCCAUACUCGAACAGUAUAGGCCGAUCAUACUUGCUUCUCUCAAGUUUUCCAAGUUCACUCUUGGUACUGUUCCACCACAGUUCACAGUGAUAAAGAGUAAUGGCAACCAUAAGUUGUAGCCAUUUUGUUCUGUACCUCCGCUCCUCAAUCCCAAUCCCCAAGAUAAGGAGAAAAGGAAAGAAUUUUUUAAUGAAGCUUUUAUGUGAAUUGAAGUGUUUUAAAUUUAAUUUUCUUCAACUUCUUACGAACCAUAUUCUUAUAUAGGAGUAUCUAUCAUUGAAGAUGGUGGUGAUGGUGUUACCAUGGAGUUGGAACUCACUUGGGAUGGAAAUCAAAGUAUAAUACUUGAUAUAAAGACCAUGCUUGGUGUAGCACUUCCUGUGCAGGUGAAAGAAAUUGGAUUCACUGGGGUUUUCAGGUUGAUUUUUAAGCCACUGGUUAAUGAGUUCCCUUGCUUUGGAGCUGUUUGCUUUUCUCUGCGUAAAAAGAAAAAGUUGGACUAUACACUGAAAGUCAUUGGUGGUGACAUAGGCUCAGUUCCUGGACUUUCUGGUGCCAUUGAGGACACAAUACGAAAUGCUAUUGAAGAUUCCAUCACUUGGCCUGUUAGAAAAAUUAUUCCUAUUUUGCCUGGAGAUUAUAGUGAUCUGGAGUUAAAGCCUGUUGGAAUAUUAGAGGUGAAGCUUGUUCAGGCAAAGGACUUAACAAACAAAGAUAUCAUUGGAAAAUCAGAUCCUUUUGCUGUAUUAUACGUGCGCCCUUUGCCUGAUAAAAUGAAAACCAGCAAAACAAUUAACAAUGAUUUAAAUCCAAUCUGGAAUGAACACUACGAGUUUACUGUUGAUGAUACAUCAACUCAACACUUGGUAGUAAAAAUUUAUGAUAGUGAGGGGAUUCAAGGAGCUGAGCUAAUUGGAUGUGCUCAAGUAGAGCUAAAGGAGCUUGAGCCUGGUAAAGUGAAGGAUGUGUGGUUGAAUCUGGUGAAAGACUUGGAGAUCCAGAGAGAUAAUAAGUACAGGGGGCAGGUGCACCUGGAGCUUUUGUACUGUCCUUUGAGCAUGGAAAAUGGUUUUACAAACCCAUUUGCCUCUAAUUUUUCAAUGACCUCCUUGGAGAGGGUUCUUAAAAGCGGAGUUAAUGGAACAGAAGCUGUUGAAAACGUAAAAGCUGUCACAGAGAAAAGAAAAGAGGUUAUUGUCAGAGGAGUACUGUCUGUAACUGUCAUAUCUGCUGACGAUUUGCCAGCAACAGACUUAAUGGGGAAGGCUGACCCCUAUGUUGUACUCACAUUGAAGAAAUCAGAGGCAAAAAACAGAACUAGGGUUGUUAAUGACAGUUUGAAUCCAGUUUGGAAUCAAACUUUUGACUUUAUGGUAGAGGAUGGAUUGCAUGAUAUGCUAAUCCUUGAAGUUUGGGACCAUGACACAUUUGGAAAGGACUACAUGGGAAGAUGCAUUUUGACAUUGACCAGGGUUUUAUUGGAAGAGGAAUACAAGGAAAGCUUCCAGCUAGAAGGAGCUAAGUCUGGGAAAUUGAAUUUGCACCUCAAGUGGGUGCCACAACCAAUUUAUCGCGAUUCCUGAGUAGUUCAUGUUCAAUACAGCAAUCGGUGAAUUAUGGCUGUUCUACCCUGUCUGCCGGAUGCACACGCAAUAUUAGUUUAUGACGGGCUGGAUGGAAAAUAAUUAAUUAAAUGAACCCUGCAUCAUCUAUUUGCUGGAGCUAACACUUUGUACAUAAUUCCUCAAGUAGCAGUAGGCUUUUUGUAAAAUGCGAUUUUAUCAU